AUGACAGAAGAUGGAUAUAUCAUUGAAAUCCACCGAGUUCCAUAUGGUCUUAAUAACAAAAAUAACUCAACUAGACCAUCAAUUCUUAUUGGACACGGAAGUGGUGGAAGUUCCGUUGAAUUCUUAUUGAUGGGGAAAAGAAGUAUAACUUUUGAGGCUGGAUAUGAUAUUUGGAUAGCUAAAUCCACAAAUGGAUUAGAUAACGAAACCGUGAAAGAUAUUUCAGGAAAUAGCGGCUUAACACCAUUUCAAUUAGCGAAAAAAUACAAUUAUCCAAUAGAACGUCAUAGGAUAACCACCGAAGAUGGUUACAUAAUCGAAAUGCAUCGAAUUCCGUACGGAAUUAAUAGCACGAAUCGUUUAAACCGACCCGCUGUUGUAAUUGCUCACGGCGCAGGUGGAAGUUCAGUUGAAUUUUUUAUGAUGGGCCAUCGAAGUUUAGCUUUUGCUUUAGUAGAGGCUGGUUAUGAUGUUUGGGUGGGUAACGCGAGAGGAACUCGAUGGUCGCGAAGACAUCAAAAUUUAAGUAAUCGUUCGAGACAAUUUUGGAUGUUCACCUGGGAAGAAAUCGGCGUUUACGAUUAUUCGGCCGAAAUCAAUUAUAUUAUCGAAGUUACGGGGCAGAAAAAAGUUUUUUUUAUUGGACAUUCUCAAGGAGGAUCUGCUUUCAUAGCUAUGAAUACGGAAAAACCUGAAAUGAACGAUAAAAUUCGAUUGGGCGUUUUAAUUGGACCCGCUGUGGUUACUAAAUUUAACAGGAACGCAUUAAUUUUGGUUAUUUCAGAGAAUAUUGAAGCUAUAAGGGGGCUUCUUGAUUAUUUGCAUAUUUAUGAAAUACCGAGUGGUGCUACGCUUAGAAGUUUUUUAAGAACUUUAUGCAGAAGUAUUUUCGCUUUUAUUUGUCAAGGAUCUCUUAAUUUAAUAAUGGGAUAUGAUUCAAUCCAAAUCGAUAGGAGAAUUUACAACGUAGCAGUAAGUAAUUUACCAGGAGGGUUAUCAUUCCGUCAAUUAUUACAUUAUGCCCAAUUAUAUAAUUCAAAGCGAUUUCAAAAAUUUGAUUACGGCCCCGAAGAAAAUAUACAACGUUACGGUACUUUACAACCACCUGAGUACAAUAUUAGUAAAGUUACAGCUCCCAUUGCUGUAAUGUACAGCGAAUAUGAUACAUUUGCUGAUGUUAAAGCCAAGGUUAUAUUAUUAUAUUAA